UCGUAUUUUAUAACUUAUUUUCAAACACGAGCUGAAAUUAGCCCCAUCGUCCUCUGGCAACUUUCUGGCAGCUUCACGGAGAGCUACGAUGAGGCCCACGGUACGUCCAUUAGGAAGUGGACAGUGAAUCCCAUUCCAUCAAACCUGAAGUCAGAAGCCAAGAAAGCUGCAAAGAUUUUAAGAGAGUUUACAGAAAUAACUUCAAGAAAUGGACCUGAUGUAAUUAUACCAGCUCAUGUGAUAGCUAAAGCACAAGGACUUGCAAUCCUAUCAGUGAUUAAAGCUGGAUUUCUAGUAACGGCUCGUGGAGGUAGUGGAAUUGUAUUGGCCCGCCUACCAGAUGGAAGAUGGUCUGCUCCUUCGGCAAUAGGAAUUGCUGGUCUUGGUGGUGGUUUUGAAAUUGGAAUUGAGGUAUCCGAUUUGGUGAUAAUCCUGAAUCACCAGCGUGCUGUUAAUGCUUUUACAAAAGGGGGAAAUCUUACUCUGGGUGGAAAUUUUACAGUUGCAAUUGGACCUAUUGGCAGAAACUUAGAGGGAGAUGUUGCCCUAAGAAGUUCAGCUGCGAUGUACACAUACUGCAAGGCACGUGGGUUGUUUGCUGGAAUAUCAUUGGAGGGAUCUUGCUUGAUUGAAAGAAAAGAGACCAAUCGCAAAUUUUACUGCCAGGACAUCAGGGCAUCUGCAAUUCUAUAUGGAGAUGUCGAGCCUCCAACUGCAACCCAAGAGCUGUACGAAAUAUUGGGCAAUUUCACUGAGCAGUACCAAAAUGAAGAACUUCGUGGAACCACCAAAAAAAUAGCAAGAACGCAAACAAGGAUCAAAGAAUCAAAAAGAAAUUCACCAAAACCACAGCGUAUGCGGGUAUCUGCGAAUGAAAGUGGGCGAGAUCCUUGGAAAAUUCACAUUCUCAACUAG